AUGGCAAAAACAUCAAAAACCGUUCCUCAAAAGGAAAAAACUUCUUCAUCGCAGCCGGCCGGCGAUAAAACACCGGUGGAGCCACACCUUGAUGAGUGUGUUCCUGGGGGGUGUGAACUUACUUCCGACUUCAAAGUGAAGAAAGACUGUCAUUGGGAAGAUAAGGUGGUGGUGAUUCCGGCUACCGAAGAAGAUAUCACUACCCAUAGCUGGGUUCGGAACCUGGUUUCGACCUCUUCGUAUGCUGAGCGUUCAUGGUGCGAUUUAGAAAGGGGCCAAUGGGAGGCCAGAAAUCAUGGCCUCAGAGAAAAUGCUGUCAUGAGGCCCCCAUCCGGGGAGGAAGAGUCAUCGCCCCCAGCUCCGAAACCGACGAAGGAUAAAAAGAGCAAAAGGGUCUCGACCUCUGAGGACCCAAAGCCCAAGAAAUGUAAGGCUCAUAAGUCGAAGAAAGACACCGCCAUCCUGCCUGUGAAGGUAGUUCAACGGCUAAGAGAGGAGGAAGAAGAAAACGAGGAUGACGGCUCCGAUCUAGCGGCCUUAGUGAAGAGGAACACUGAGUCUACAAAGGCCUCUAAGUCGGUGAGGGUUGGAGAAAUUCAGCCUCGAACCGAGAGGAUCUCGGAGAUGGAAGAUGUCUCCAGCCGAGAUGAGCAUUUGGCAGGUAUGUCCGAAGGGACCGGCUCUGAGGCCCUUCCAAAUGAAGAGAACGCCCCAAGUGAUUCACUUGGGGCAAAAGAAAUUGGAGACUCCGUGCCGCUUCAUUCAUUCUCAGAAGGGGAAGUUUGGGAGGCUCAGGCUAUGAAGGUCCCUCAAGUAGAAGGCGCCCUCGGGGAGGACCUUUUCCAAAGUUGUUUUGCUGGGGUCAAUGAUCUUGCUAGCUUGAAUAACUUGGACUUUCGAAGAGAGUUGAGCCGAUAUGAAGCUGAAAUUCGAGGGCUCACCGAGGAGAAAAGUGCUCUCAAGCUUCUUGGUGAGAAAAAAGAAAUGGAAAUCAAAGGUCUCCGAGCUGAGUUAGCCAUGGCCCAAAAAGAACAAAGUGAACUGUCUGAGCAGGUAAAUAAAGUCGUAGAUAUUUAUGGCCUCGGCGGAGACUUCUAUGUGGAAGCAAAAGAUGGAUUGCCUUGCUUAGAGAAAGAGGCAGCUCAAGCUUACUUAUCCUCAACUGAAAGCCAACUCCAAGGCAUGAAAGAGAAGAGCUUGGAACAAGCCAAGAAAAUGGAAGAGCUACAUGUUCGGUUUGACACUAAGAUUGCAGCGGCUAAAUAUGAGGCUGAGGCGGUUAAGGCCGAUGCUGAGUCUCGAAGAGAGACUCUUGAGGAGAUUCAUGCUCGUAGCUUUAACCUUGUUAUCGAUAUUGAGAAUGCGAAAGAGCUUGAGGCUGAAGCCGAGGCAUUGCUAUCUUCUGAUGAUGAUGAUUCUGGGAGCGCAAGUGGAUCCGAGAGUGGAGGAGAACCCGAUGGCGAGGAUGUAGCUCCCGAGGAUCCUGAUCGCUCCUUGUAA